UGUCCUCCCGGGCGGCCGGGCGGGCCUAGGAGACCGGCUUUAUGGCAGCAAAACCUGAAGUGCGGGCGGGAGAGCUGCGUCUUUCUCUCCCCACCGUAACUUUAAAAUGACAUUCUACCCUCCCUUUCUUUCAUUUGUCACCGAAUAUUUCUAGAACGGCUGCUCGACUGUUGGGUUGUCCAUCAGGUUAAUGAGACCAGGUGGUUCACUGUGUUUUAAGGAAGUAUUGGCCUGGGAGUGGCAGGCUCUGAUUACUCCAAUAAUCAGCUGUAAAUUCGGCGCCGGGCCUUUGAUUUCACUGGGCUCAUCUUUAAGUGGAAAAGCCUGAUUUAUCCAGCUUCUAACACCAUCGCUUGGAUAGUUUUGCCUCUCUGCCCUCAUCCUUUGUAACCUCAGGGUUACUAAAAUACUUUAAUGAGGUUCAAUACAUUAUUUCUAAAAUAGAAUUAAAAAGAUAAGUGCCAAUCACAGCUUUAGGUCAACAGGAGAACCACUUUUCCCUCUCUGAACUGGUAAACAUCAAUGAGGGCCCAAAGGAAAUAUUUUAAGUCAGCCUAGGCAAACUUGUUACAGGCAAUAUAUCGUUUCUGUCAGUUUGUGUGUGUCUAACUGAGCUGAGUUUGCCUAUGAUCCUCCUCUAUGUUAGUGGAUCUAAAAUUCUCCUGCUGAGAACUGUUAAUUUUCUUUUUUAACUUCUUUUAAACUGUGUUACUGCAGAUUUCUGGGCUCAGCUACCAGAAGUGUUGGUCCAGUAGGUUUGAUGUGGGGCCCAUAAAUUUGCAUACUAACAAGCUUUCCUGGUGAUUUGACUACACUUUGUAAAACACAGCUCUGGAGCUUAUAAAGACACACCUCCCUCUCCUGGUUGGUAAUGACCUCUGAUGGCUAAGGUGCCUUUCAGCUCUGACCGUACUGUUGAAUACUCAAGCUACAGCUGCCAUCCAAGAAUAAUCCCCACUGAACAAACCAUCUGUUUUCCCCUAACUCUGUUUUGUGUAAGGCUUUUGAGAUUUUUUUCCUCUAAAAUUGUAUACAAAAGAUGAAAAGGGGAAAAAAAUUCAGCAAAUGUUUAUUGAGGACCUCCUAUGUGCCCUGGUCUGUGCUAGGCUCUGAAAAUGUGCAGAUAGUUGCUCUGUGUUAAGACUUCUGGUCAGUGAAUAUUACCAUAGAAAAGGAAGUUAGGACACUUAAAAAUAUAAAGGCUUUGUUUGUAUUUGUUGCCUGUAGAAUGGGUAUCACUAUUGAUUUUCUUGUGGAGUUUAAUCCUUCAAAGUUGUUUAGAUUAGUUGCUGGUUUUCAUCUGUGGGCAGUUAGUAAAAUAUGAACCUUGAAUCUUUUAACUUAAUCUUUUUACAUUUGAAUGCUGUGGUCAACUUAAGUUGGAAACAAUUGCUUUUUAAACGCUUGCUUUUUUUCCCCCUGUAGCUUAUGAAAAUAUUUACUCUUAACUUCUGUUUGGGUGGUCUGUGAGAUUCAGAGGCAGGCUAGUGUUGGCUGUACUUUUCCAGACAAAGCAUUCUCUUGUUUAGUUCCUAUAUUUCUUAACAUUACAAAACACACUUUUUGCUUUUUUCAUUUUUAAUGUUUCUGAAAUUGUGAUGCAGCUUACUAUUUUGUAAGUUUAAUGUGGUGGAGUAUGUCAUCUGUUCUCUCAACCUCCCAAAAGCUGUUAAAAAGAAUGGUUGUCUUACAGUAUGGGCAAUGUGAGAAUCAGAGAAAUAGUAUGUUUGCCUAAUAACCACUAAUCUACGUUCCAAUUAACUGAGCCUCAAAUCAUUUCAAAAUGAACACAUAGAAACAAUAAAUGAUGUAACUUUUGGCAGUAAAAGUAGUGAAAUUCAUAGUCUAACAAAAGCAUUCGUUAUGCACUGUUGGGAUUUAUUUUGUUACUGAUUGUAGAUGGGAAAUAUGCUUCAAGUGAUUUUAUUUUUGGCUUAAGUAUUUUGCACACAUUGUUUCACCACACUUCCUGGUGAAUAUGCUUAUACUGUAUUCAUAUACUGUGCUUAAGGAAAACAAGCCUUUUGUUUGCAUCUUCCUGCUGCUCCCAUCCCUUAAAUAAAUUUUAAACUGACCAAUUGUAAGGGAUAAGAAAUGUGUAGCUGAAUAUGAAAUUACUUUUCCAUUAAUAAACACCUUUAAUCAUGCAAACCUUCUGAGGCAACCUAACAGUUUUUAACAAUUAAAUGUGAGCAUUGUAUCCCGCUUCCCCAACACCAUCCCCAGGGUUAGUGAUUUGCUAGGACUCACAGCUGAUUUAUUACAGCAGAUGGAGACCAAGUGCUUCAUUGCUGCAGCAGCUAGUUGUGACAACAUGUGUGAAAUGCUGCCAACCAGGGAAGCUCAUUAGACACUCAGUGCCCAGGGUUUUAUUGGGGGCUCAUCAUGUAGGACCUUCUGGCUGGCAUGUAUCAAAAUUCCAGACACCCAGAAGGAAUGCGGGUGUUCAGUAUAACCUGCAUUGUUUGUCCAAACAGCUUAGACACAGUGAGUCCCUCUUUUCAGUUAAUGGUGGUGGGAACACAUCUGAAAUCUAAGUUCCCAGACCUGACAUCCACCACAUGCUGACCUUUCAAAGGAUAGCAGGUGGCUCUUUUCUGCACAAGCAAUGCUGUCUACUGAAUCUGUUUUCGUAUCUCUUGUAUUUCUUCAUCACUUCUGGGCUCCAAGUACUAGCAGUACUUUGUCUCACUGAAGCUUUGAUUCUUCAGUUGAGAAAGCACGCUGGUCUGUUUAACUUAAAAAGAAUAAGAAACAUUUUCAGAAAAUGUGUCUCAUUGAUGAUAUAUCCUAAGACAUUAAAGUUUUUUUCCCCAAAGUUUAAGAAAAAAGCUUAAGCCCUUACCCCUUCAAUGCAAGCUUUUAGUAUCAAUUUGUAUUAGUUUUAUACUAUGGACCUGUGUUUCCUGCCCAAAGCAUUGGCCCUUUUGAAGGAACUGAGCUAUUUGUGGGUACAAUAUUUAGAAGCUAAAAUGAGGCCCCUAGAGAGUUUUAAACAGUAGCACCCCCUUAUCCACGGCUGACAACGUCCCAAGACACCCAGUGGAUGCCUGAAAUCGUGGAUGGUUUGCUUUUCCUCACUGCCUUGUCUUGAAGACAACGAUGCCAAAGAAAGUGAAGCCUGCAGGGGAUGGGAAGGAAGAGGGGCCUGUUCCCUGUAAGCAGGUGAAGCUGGAGGCAGCUGGUGGGCCUUCCCCUUUGAACCUUGACAGUCCCAGUGGCCUCUUUGAAAGUUUGAUCUCGCCCGUCAAGACAGAGACUUUUUUCAAGGAAUUCUGGGAGCAGAAGCCCCUUCUUAUCCAGAGAGAUGACCCUGUGCUGGCCACAUAUUACCGGUCCCUGUUCAGGCUCUCAGAUCUGAAGAGUCUGUGCAGCCGGGGUAUGUACUAUGGAAGAGACGUAAAUGUCUGCCGGUGUGUCAAUGGGAAGAAGAAGGUUUUAAAUAAAGAUGGCAAAGUGCACUUUCUUCAGCUGAGAAAAGAUUUUGAUCAGAAAAGGGCAACAAUUCAGUUUCACCAACCUCAGAGAUUUAAGGAUGAGCUUUGGAGGAUCCAGGAGAAGCUGGAGUGCUACUUUGGCUCGUUGGUUGGCUCGAAUGUAUACAUAACCCCUGCGGGUUCUCAGGGCCUGCCGCCCCAUUAUGAUGACGUAGAGGUGAGGGGGGAGGAAACUGCUCGGCUCCGGGAGGACGAGUUGCUGCCAGCCCGGGUUUUCAUCCUGCAGCUGGAGGGAGAGAAACACUGGCGCCUGUACCACCCGACGGUGCCCCUGGCGCGGGAGUACAGCUUGGAGGCUGAGGACAGGAUCGGGAGGCCAGCAUACGAGUUCACAUUGAAGCCAGGAGACUUGCUGUACUUUCCCAGAGGGACCGUUCAUCAGGCGGACACUCCCUCAGGGCUGGCCCACUCCACGCACGUGACCAUCAGCACCUACCAGAGCAGUUCAUGGGGAGAUUUCCUUUUGGACACCAUUUCAGGGCUCGUGUUUGAUACUGCAAAGGCAGACGUAGAGCUACGGGCCGGCAUACCCCGGCAGCUGCUCCUGCAGGUGGAAACCACAGCCGUUGCAACAAGAAAAUUAAGUGGCUUUCUGAGGAUGCUUGCAGACCGGCUGGAGGGCACCAGAGAACUGCUUUCAGCAGACAUGAAGAAGGAUUUUGCUAUGAACAGACUCCCACCGUACUAUGUGGGAGAUGGAGCAGAGCUUUCAACACCAGGUGGACGGUUACCGGGGUUGGACAGCACUGUGAGGCUGCAAUUUAGAGACCACGUUGUCCUCACUGUAGGACCCGAUCAGGACCCAUCCGAUGAAACUCGAGAAAAGAUGGUUUACAUCUAUCAUUCCUUAAAGAAUAGGAGAGACACACACAUGAUGGGAAAUGAGGAAACAGAGUCUCAUGGACUUCGCUUUCCUUUAUCACAUAUCGAUGCACUGAAGCAAAUUUGGAACAGUUCAGCUAUUUCUGUCAAGGACCUGAAACUUACUACAGAUGAGGAAAAGCAAAGCCUGGUAUUAGCCCUCUGGACAGAAUGUUUAAUCCAAGUAGUCUAGUGCCUUUGCUUCUUUUUAAAUAUGUAUAUAUAAAAUAGUAGACACUUGAUUCUGCAAAGAUUUACAUGCUAGGGAGCCCCUGUUGCUUUGAACCAAGGACAUAAUGAAUGUAACUUUCCUUACCUGUGUAUCUAAUAACAUAACAUGAGACCUACCUGUUAAAGGUGACCAGUUGGCCAUGUGUACUAACAGAGGUACAUAGAAGAAAGAACAGCAAAUUACUAAAUGUCCCAGAAGGUGACAAAAACUGUACUUCUUGACAAGUUUAUUUAAUCCAGUGUGGUAGAAAAGGCACAGCUCAAUAAAUGUAUCAUUUAAAUUUA